AUAUUUUGCAUUAACAUUUGGUUAUUUUAUAUUCAAGCUACUCAGCAUCAGCAUUAAUUUUUUUGGUAAUCGUUUAAUUGUUCUACUGUGCGAAUUGCUGAGUUAUCAUUUCGGGAUACCCAGUUGGAAUUUCAAGAGUUCCUACCAUUUCGCCAAGACAUGAAUGGUUUACGAUUAUUUAGACGGUUAGCCAGCGGCGUCUCGCGUUCCAGCAAGAAUGAAAGUGCUAUCGUUGUCACUGAUGACGCGUCUACCAUAGUGUGUUACCAUCCAGAGAGUUCAUUCCCGUAUGAGUGCACCAAACCGCUACCAGUUAACAAGGUACAGGACAACUCUGUGUUAAGAGUUCAAAACAAAGACUUUGUGCACGAAGUAUUCAGUAAGCCCAAUAAUGAAAUAGUGCAACAAGAACUUAUGAAAAUGACAUACACCACUAAACACCGUUGGGUGCCACCCAAAAAAUGGAAAAGAAACUUUGCUCAUCAAAAACUUGUAGACAGAGAAUAUUUAUAAUCUGAUGUAAUUAUGUUUAUUGUUUUGAAAAGCAAACUAGGUUCAUGUCUUUUAGUAUAAGAGUAUACAAUAUAAAAUUGUUUUAUAAUGAUUUUUUAAAUAAAAAUUGUAUAUCAAGAAUUAAAA